AUGUCAACGUUCAACAUGAACAUAUUUCGCAUAAUUGGCGACAUAUCGCACACGGCCUCCAAGUGCAUCCUCAUAUGGGCCAUCCACAACAACAAGUCCGCCGAGGGCGUCUCCCUCUUGACUCAGCUCCUCUACAUCUUGGUCUUCGGAACGCGAUAUCUCGAUCUCUUUUGGGUGCCGCCAUGGUGGAGCUGGUGGAAUUUCGUACUCAAGAUUCUGUACAUCUCGAGCAGCGCGUAUAUCGUGUUCCUGAUGAUGAGGGUGUAUGCGAGGACGAGGGAAAAGGAGUAUGCAUGGAAGCUGGCUAUGUACAGUCUGGGCGGAAGUUUGGUCGCGAGUCCGGUGGUGUGCUUCCUGUUUGAGGGCUGGGGCCAGUUCAAGUUCAUUGAGAUCCUCUGGACGUUCAGCAUCAUUCUCGAGUCCAUAUGUGUCCUUCCGCAGCUACUGCUACUGCGCCAGACUUCGGUCCCGACCGUCAUCGAUUCGUUCUAUCUGGUCACGCUCGGCAGCUAUCGCGCGUUCUAUCUGCUGAACUGGAUCGUCCGACUGGCGAGCAGCGAGCACUACUUCGACGCAACGAGCGUUGUCUUUGGUCUUAUUCAGACGGCACUUUACGUCGACUUCGCAUACGUGUACUGGUCAAGACAGCGAGUCAAGCUACGAGGAGGCGGAGUUGUGGACAGCGACGAUCUCAGUAAGAGCUUUGUCGUCAAGCGUUUCAUCGGGAGACGAGGAAACGCCAGCAAUAGCGAGGACGAAGAUGACAUUGUUGAUGAAGACGCGGCAUUGGCUGGGCAGGAAAAUGGCACGAUCCGACCAUCCGCGAAUCGCACUGGCAGUGGUCGCUGGGGCGCACGAGGCAUCAGCGUAUCUGCGGACGAUACUUUACAAGAGCAUCUGGACAGCUCUAGCCGCGAUGCUACAAUGGUCGACCCAUCUCAAUUCGAGGACGACUUCGACGACGAUGCAAAUGCUCCGCCGCCGCCUGCGAAGGACAAUGCGAAGAAGGCAGAGGAGUCUGGCACAGACGCAGACGACAACGUUGGAAGCAGUGCUGGGGAGUGGCAGGAGAAUACUUCGAAGUAG